GUAUGGGAGAGUACUUCUCUCGGUGUUUGCUUUUUCGUCUCUGUUUAAAUUAAAAGCUCAGCGACUGUACGCUAGCGUGAAAAACAUUAGUCAUAUGCUAAAGUUGGCAGUUCAUAACCAGUGUAAUACAUUGAUAGCUAAUCAACAGCAUUAGCAUGUGAUUUCAUUUCUGUCGAUGCUGUCUAAAGGGCCUAUGUUGCGUUUUUUCUUAUGCAAGAGAAUAAUUAUCCUGCAGCUUCCGGGUUCGACCGGAAGCUGCUUUUCUUGUUUACAUUCUCCGGGGCUCUGCGAGCUAGGAGGGAAUCGCUACGGCUUUUCCAAAACAAUGUCUGACAGUUGAUUAAAUUCGCGGAUUUAUUGCAGAUUUCUGCUCUAUUUCCUCUGUAUUGUUUUGGGGGUCAUGGCUUCCCCUCGCUGGUGCCGCCUCGGGGUGUCGUUACCGCUACUGCUGCUGCUGCGGUGGUCGGGGCUGCUGGCGGUGGCGGAGCAGGUUGCUCUGGUAGAGGUUUUCUUGGAACAGCGGCCAGGUGCGAGCGACCUGCUCCAGGGGGAGGUGGUUGAAUCCAGCCUGGGCGGCGGGAGCUCCGAGCAGCGGGACGAGGAGCGAGAAGAGCUGGAGGGAGAUCUGGUCCUGGUCCUGGUUAGAGAUGAGGUGACACCGGUGGAUGAAGGAAAAGACAAGGCUGACAUCAAAAAGCCAGAGCCGUGGAUCGGGGUUGUGCCCGUGGAGAUAGACGAAAGCAAAGCCUCGACUGGGAACCAGGAGUCCUUCGCUGAUGCUGUGGUCAAUAAAAUGAAGCGAGCGUUGGUCCUCGGAGCAUCGGCGCUGAUUAUUCUGGCUCUCAACCAAAACACCGUCAGUGAGAUGGAUUUGUCCCAGGUGCUGUCCAAGCCCAUCAUUGUGAUCCAGACAUCAGAAAAUGUGACCAAGCUGAUCGGAGCACUGCUCAGGGGCCUUCAGGCGACGGCAAAAAUCACAUACAAGACGAUCCUGCAGGACAACCUGGGAGCCACGCUCACGCUGUGGUCCAGCUGCGGGCGGUCGAGAGGAGGUCGCUACGGGGAGUGGCAGGGGGUCAUCUGCACCGGCGAGACCAACUCUCAGGUCCAGGUGGGCAAACAUGACACCGUCAAACACACGUCUGCUUUUAAGCUGCUGCAUCAGAGCCGAAAGUACCUGCAGCAGCUGUGGGACACCGUCCUCCUGGUGGCUCUGAUCCUCAGCACAGGAGUCAUCGUUCAGGCUCGCUGGCAGUACCAAGGCCGCCAGCUGAACGACGACUUAGAGCUCCUUCCCAAACAGGACGUUCUGAAGAGGAUGUCAUCCCUGAAGACCAAAAGAUACCGUCAGCCCAAACCCUGGUGUGACCCGUCGCAGCUGGCAGAGGCAGAAACCUGCGCCGUCUGUUUGGAGCCUUUUAACAACAACCAGUGUCUGCGGGUGCUGCCGUGUCUUCACGAGUAUCACAGAGACUGUGUCGACCCCUGGCUGCUGCUGCAGCACACCUGUCCUCUGUGCAAGCGCAGCAUCCUCGGCAGCAUCUGCAAAGACAGUUAACAGUCGUUUCAUCUCGGGGAAUCGGUCCACAUCCCGACCUCAGUGACACUUAUUUUUUGUUUUUGGUUAAAGCGACCUCAACACUUCCUCCUUCCAGCUGUGGAUUUGGGAGCAUAAACUUGUCAUUGCUGCUGACCGGCCAUCAGAUUUUAACCUUUACAAAAUACAGUGGUAGUUUAAAGCAGUACUAUGAAGUUCCCCACUGGUCGUGUUGUCUGUGAACAGAACUUCUUCUUGAAAUCUCGUUACUGUACAACUCGGUGUGUAAACAGCAGCAAAUGCAACUUUUUUUGGGAUCAGUAUGUGUAAAAACUGACAACCUCAGUAUCUGAGUCCGCUGCUGGUGCAAAGGCGUUCAAUGCUUUUAUGUUUUUAGUGUGGAUGUACUGAUCACCUGGUUCACUUUGGGUCAAAAUGAUGUCAGUAACCAACAACCAGGGAGGACUGAAAGUUUUAAAAAAACUGGUCCUCUUUGGUACUUUGCAGUUCAGUGGUAGUUGUAGAGCUUCUGUAGUCGUAGUGCAGGAGUCGGUGUGUACCAGCUGGUGUCAUGUAGGGAAAAAAAACCCUCUUUGCACAUCCUUAAACUCCUCCAUUGCCAUUUAUGUAUUUUUUUUCCCUGAUUCUCCUUUAAUCGCACUUUGCAUACAUCAGCAGCCAGUUUAGUUUCACCGGUACGAUCGGUGAUGCUGAACAGGUAGGAUGGUGUUUGCAGCACAGAAGGAUUGUGUGCUGUGUAAAGAGUGCUCUCACAGCCGCUGCAGUUUUACUUUGCAAAUCAUAGAUCUGCUGCAGUGUCCUUUCAGCUCCUAUUUUCUAUUUCAAUGAAAUAUCUUUGGAAAAGUUUUAUUCUGCAGUUUGAUGAGAAGAAUUCCACUCGUGUUUUUAAGAUUAAAAAAAAAAAUUAAGCCAGACUGAAAUGACAGCAAAUCUGGCUUCAUCCUCAAAAAGUCAGAAUACCAGAACCUCGUCAGCUUUAUUCACAGCAGCGCUGCAGUUUGCAUUAUUCUGCAUCAGAAGUGAAACAGAGUUAACAAAUUUUAAAAACAAUAGUUUGAUUUUCAAAUGGGCUUAUGUUUGGAGAAAGAUCCACAAAAAUAAGGUCACUAAAAACAUUAAUUUUUUUCUUUAACAUAUAUAUAAAAACAUGAAGAGCUUGAAUUAUAAGAGCAAGUCUACUCACCGUGCACCAGGAAGGCUCAUCCUCUUUCCUUACCUGCAGGCUGACAGGUCCACAGUGUCAUUCAUGCUACCUCUUAGACGAUGGACAGACUCCCGCUCCAACAUCUGGCUGCAGCUGGCAGCAGCAGUGCUUGUAAUGAGCUGCAGGGCUGCUAAUUUGGAUGUAGCCUGUGGACGGACCUUAAAUCUCUCUCCCAUCUGUGGCUGCAGAAAGAGUUCUGGUUGCAUACUUAAAAUUACCUUCAUCUCUCUUUCUUUGUUAGCUCAGUGUAAACUUUCAUAAACCCGGUUGUUACUUUCAAGUCUUGAAUAAAACAUCAGGUAGUGGGCAAACAGCAGUUUAUGCAACAGGACUUUUAUAUAUAGUCUGUGCUCCACCCAGAAUCUGCAACGGGUGGAGAUGUCGCUCACAUGUUGACACACCAGGUUAACUGAGGCAUCAGGACAAAGUCUGUUAACAGCUGUAGUCCAAAA